GGUGGAGUAGUAAUAUAUAAAUAUAUAUUGGGGAAAAAGGGGUGUUGUUGGCGUUAAGAGGCAACAACAAACAAACAAAGAAGAGAAUCAAUUCUAUUUGACCUCGAUCUCCUUCACUUUUGGUAGUGUUUCUUUCGGUUAUUUUUCGCUGUGAUGGCUUCGAAACGGAUAUUGAAGGAACUCAAGGAUCUUCAGAAGGAUCCUCCCACCUCUUGCAGCGCCGGCCCUGUUGGAGAGGACAUGUUUCACUGGCAGGCCACAAUUAUGGGUCCCCCAGACAGUCCUUAUACUGGUGGUGUAUUUUUAGUCACUAUCCAUUUUCCUCCUGACUAUCCAUUCAAGCCUCCUAAGGUUGCUUUUAGGACAAAAGUUUUCCAUCCAAAUAUUAACAGUAAUGGCAGUAUAUGCCUCGACAUAUUGAAGGAGCAGUGGAGCCCUGCCUUAACUAUCUCUAAGGUUUUGCUUUCAAUUUGCUCACUUUUGACGGACCCAAACCCUGAUGACCCCCUGGUCCCGGAGAUCGCUCACAUGUACAAGACAGACAGGGCCAAAUACGAAUCAACUGCCCGGGUUUGGACCCAGAAAUAUGCAAUGGGUUAAGACAUUAUAUUUACAUGUGAGGGUCUUAAUCCUUGUAAAAUUAAUUCAUUUGUCUGUUGUCUUUACUUUCCCAAUCAACAAGUGUAGAAUAGCAUUAAGGAUUGACCUCUCCAAGAAAAUGGAGAUGCUUUGAAUGUUCUUGUAUACAUACGAACACUUGAAGAAAUCUUGAAUGUGUUAUUUAUCUGGAUUAAGUUGCAGCUUUGA